AACUACGGUGUUCCAUCUGUAUUCAAUCUAUUUGCCGCAGAACUUUCGUAGGUUUGUUUUAUUUGUCCAUCUUCUUCAACGAGAGAGUUGUGUGUUUUGAUCGAAGAAAAGCUUUCGGUCUUUGUAAUCAACAGGGUGUGGAAGAAGUAAUGGCAAAAAGCACGUUCAAGCAAGAGCAUGACCUAGAGAAGAGAAGCGCAGAGGCUGCUCGGAUUAGAGAGAAGUAUCCAGAUAGGAUUCCGGUGAUUGUUGAGAAGGCUGAGAAGAGUGAUAUACCAACCAUCGACAAGAAAAAAUACCUAGUCCCGGCGGAUUUGACAGUAGGGCAAUUUGUGUAUGUGAUUCGCAAAAGAAUCAAACUGAGCGCAGAGAAGGCUAUCUUUAUAUUUGUCGACAAUGUUCUUCCUCCAACAGGUGCGUUGAUGUCUGCAGUGUACGAAGAUAAAAAGGAGGAGGAUGGGUUCCUCUAUGUCACUUACAGCGGGGAGAACACAUUUGGAUAUGGAUCUCCGUAGAAGCUCUCUCUCUUGCUGGAUAAUUUCAUUCUACCUUCUUUCUGUACUUCGCAUAUCAUCUUCUUAUUAGUUAUUUAAGCAAGCAAUCAGCCUAUGUACUUCCCUAAGGACGUUCGAUUGGGCGUUGAUGUGUACAGAAAACAUGAAAUAAUGUAUAUAAACUAUGCUCUAAUAAUAAUAUAUUUUAGUUUCUUCAAAUAA